UUUAGCGGUUGAUCGGACUUGUUUUGUUGAGACUCAGCUAUUGCACGGCGUGCUUUACAAAAGCGUUGAUUAAAGUUUUUUUUUUUUUACGGCGUUGAAGUUUCUUUGUGACACCGAGGACAUGGCAGCACGGAGCUACGGAGCCUGUUUUCUCUGUCAGCGGGCGGCGGCGGUUAAAAUAAUGUUCAGGUGUGUGAGUGCAGCAGCUCAACCGCAGCCCGGGUCGGAUUUCCUGAAAGGCGAACCUCACAGGAAGCACCCAGGUGUGACCAAUCUGAAGACUGUGCGACUACCCGAGGAGCUCCAGUUGGCUGCACAGUCCAUUAUUCACACUAUAGGAGCUCAGGUGCCUCAACUUGCAGUGCGCACUCACAAGCUCACAAACAUCCUUUGGAGCCGGAAGCGAGCGGUCGAGGAUUUGACGCUGAGGCAGAAAGCUGUGAGCAUGGAGAAGGAACUCUGGGAGAAAGCCAUGCAGAAGACUGGAGAUUUUGACGAGCAGGUGCUGGAGGAUCGCAUCAGGAAGAAAGUUUUGUCGGACCUCAGAAGAACAACAUAUCGCUGGACUCCCCUAAAGUACGAUGAAGAGCUGGGCGUGGUGUACAUGGCGGCUCGGCUGGCUGGAGGCUAUGCUGCAGUCAGGAGAGCUCUUAAUGAGAUAAAGAAGCGAGAUCCUUCAUUUGCCCCUCAGUCCCUCCUGGAUUUUGGUUCUGGCUUAGGAACCGUGGCCUGGGCGUCACACUCGUGUUGGGGCGACUCUUUGAAGGAGAUGGUGUGUGUGGACAGCUCUGCGCCAAUGAACAUUUUGGCAGAACGACUUCUCAAAGGGAAUGAUGAAAGAGCUGAACCUCACUUCAAACAAGUCUAUUUCAGACAGUUUCUUCCCGUCUCUCCUAAGGUGCAGUUCGAUUUGGUGGUUGCAGCUUUUACCCUUUCAGAGCUUCCCAGCGUGAACGAGCGAGAGGAAGCAGUGACAACUCUUUGGAGGAAGACCAGCUCCUACCUGGUGCUGGUGGAAAACGGUACCAAAGAGGGCCAUCAGAUGCUGAUGGAAGCCAGAGACUCUUUACUCAAGAAACAAGAAAAGGUCCUUCAUGACCCCAGACCAGCAUCGGUAUUUGCGCCGUGCCCACAUGAAAUGAUGUGCCCUAAACUGGCCCAGGAGCCCAUCACACCUUGCAACUUCCAGCAGCGCUACCAGCCUCUUCCUCUGCCAGGGCGGCACGAGUGUCAGACAGAGAAGUUCGGCUUCCUGAUCCUGAGUCGAACGGAACCAGCAGAGACGGGACUGGGAGGUGUGGACUGGGGCAGGCUGAUUGCACCAGUGCUGCGCAGAACGCGACACAUCCACUGCCACGUGUGUCGCUCCAACGGACAGCUGCAGCACUUGGUGGUGACGGCGCGGAAACACAGCCGAGAUAUGUACCGCUGCGCUCGGAACAGUGAUUGGGGAGAUCAGCUGCCAGUUGUUGAAGACGUCACAGAAGAGGCGGCCCACAGUGACUCGGAGAGAUGAUUCUGAUGAAAACAAGCUAAUAAUGGACUUCUGAAGGAUUGGGAACAGAGUUAUCACUUAAUCCAAAAGCAGAUGCACUGAUGUUCGCUGUAGUGUCCCCCCAUCGCCCGUGUUUUAUAAAUCACAGGAGAUGUGCCUCUAUUACACAUUUACAUGUUUUUUUAUUACCUACAAUGGUCAUUGAAUGUUUGUCCUGUUUUUGCGUCUGAUGUGCAUCCAAUUGUUUAACAUGUAAAUGUCUCAAAAUAAAACUUCCUUCCAACCUUUAAACUUUA